AUGUCUUCACUAACAGAAAAGGACAAACCAAUUGUUCAACUUCUACUGAGCACCGGCACUUGUCCACGAUGUAUUUUGAGGUUCUGCUGUGUGGGAACACAGACGCUUUAUCGACAUCCAUACAAGGAUUUGAUGAAGGAUUUAAAAGAAUUUCUGAAAAAUAAUGAAGAAAAAGAAGAUACGGUUUGUUUUGGUGUAGUUGAUCCACCUUGUAAGAGAACCAGACUUGAACACACAGAAGAGAGGCCUGAUGAUCUGAACCACAAUGGAGCACUUCAGCAGAUUCCUUCAAUUAAUGACGAAAAUACUGCAAUGGAGACCUCAGCUGUGAAGGUUUGCAAUGUAUGUUUGGGAAUUCUUCAGGAGUUCUGCGAGGCUGACUUUGUUAAAAAGGUGUGCCAAAAGGUUAAUUCUGCUGACUACCAGUUUACCAGUUUUGUAUUUUCUGUGUCGCUACCCCCACAGCUGUCUGUCAGGGAGCAUGCUGCUUGGCUGCUGGUAAAACAGGAAAUGAGAAAACUGGACCUUUCCUUGGCAAAGGAUGAUAUUGUUCAGCUGAAAGAAGCUUAUAAGUGGAUUAUUCAUCCCCAGUUGUCAGAAGAGUUGAGUGUUCCUAAGAAAGGUGCCAGUUUGUUUGAAGUUAGCGUGGUCUUUGCUCACCCAGAAACAGAGGAGGAGUGCCAUUUCCUAGCCACAGCCUGUCCAGACUGUUUCAAACCAGCGAAGAACAAACAGUCUGUUUUCACUAGAAUGGCAGUUAUUAAAGCUCUAGAGAAGAUAAAAGAAGAGGAUUUUCUUAAGCAUUUUCCGUGUCCCCCAAGUUCACCAAAGAACCUCUGUGUUACUCUGGAAAUUCAGUGCAAUAAUGGUGCAGUUUUUGUGGCUGGAAGAUACAAUAAAUAUUCGAGGAAUUUACCUCAGACUCCCUGGAUUAUUGAUGGGGAGCGGAAGCUGGAAUCUUCAGUGGAAGAACUGAUUUCGGAGCAUCUAAUGGCAGAAUUCAAAGCAGAUAGCUUUAAUUUUUCUUCCUCUGGAAGAGAAGAUGUGGAUGUACGAACACUAGGCAAUGGAAGGCCCUUCGCAAUUGAGCUUGUGAAUCCUCGUAGAAUACAUUUUACUGCUGAGGAAAUGAAGGGACUUCAGCAGACAAUUAAUAACUCUUCAGACAAAAUACAGGUUCGAGAUUUACAGCUUGUUACCAGAGAGGCAAUUGGUCGUAUGAAGGAAGGUGAAGAGGAAAAGACAAAGACCUAUAGUGCCUUAAUAUGGACAGACAAAGCAAUACAGAAAGAAGAUAUUGCAUUUCUAGAUGAUAUCAAGGAAUUAAAACUUGACCAGAAGACACCUCUCCGGGUUCUUCACAGAAGGCCUUUAGCUAUCAGAUGUCGUAUCAUUCACACCAUGAAAUCUGAGUACAUUGACGAGCAUCAUUUUCGCCUGCAACUGAAGACUCAAGCAGGAACCUACAUUAAAGAAUUUGUACAUGGAGACUUUGGAAGAACAAAGCCCAAUAUUGGCUCCCUCCUGAACAGAACUGCUGACAUUCUGGAGUUGGAUGUAGAAUCUGUUGACGUUGACUGGCCUCCAAGCCUGGAUAAUUAA